AUGACGCUUGCAACAGAAAAAGGGGAAUCAGGUGCAGAAGCGAUAGCACUUGAAGUUGGUGCAUACAUGGGAGAGUGUAUUCGGAUUAUUGAGUUCUAUGGCGGUGAUGUGGUCAAGUUUCUAGGCGACGCAGUACUUGUUUGCUUCCAACCCAACACAACUGGUCGCAGCCAUUCACCUGACUCAAGUCCCCUCCCCCCGGAAGACCACGAAGUGUCCGCACGCAAAAAGAACAUGCUGAUGCGCCGAGCAGUCGAGUGUGGAUUACAGCUCCUUGCCCGACUCUCUCAUUAUCAAGUUUACUUGACAGCCGAAGAACGAACAAAACAUCGCAAUGCCAGUGGAGAAAUUAGACGUGGAUCACAAGACGAAAGCGACAGUAAACCACGAUAUAGCAUUUUUGACGUCAGAAAUGAAUAUGAACGGCAAUCGCAACAAUCGCCAUCCCAGCAGGAACACGUAUCGGCAAGUAGCAGUGCUGAUAAUAUACGCUCUUUGUCCUUUUCGCGUUGGGGGGUCAUGAAUAUCUUGAAACGCAUGUUUUUGCACGGCCAAAAGAAAAAGCAGCAGCGAAGACUGAGCGUAAUGAGCGAAGUGUCAACGCAUGAUCUGAACACUAUCGAUCUCGAGCUUCAUAUCGCACUUGCAUGCGGCGACGUAACUAAUAUCGUCAUUGGAGAGCUAGAUCCUGAUGAGAAUGAAAAGCAGUGGGCUAACUCGUAUCGAAACUCACUGCUGGUCAAACAAGGCGCGAUGACUACAAGGAGCAAUUAUUACUUACAGUAUCACGGACGCUUAGAAUAUGCCAUCGGUGGCCCAGUGGUAGAGUCCUUGGACGACGCACUAGCGGUUGCUAAGGCAGGCGAAAUGAGCAUUACUAAAGAAGCAUAUGAGCGUAUUCGACGUUUGACAAUGGAUUAUUUGUCGUACGAUCAACGCGAUGGGUUCUACGUUGUGCGUGACAGAGAUCCUGAUGGAAACCAUGGAAUGCAUCCAAGCAAAUCAUCAUCCAUGCAACCUUUUCGACAAGGAGCCCACCAUCAUCAAGUGAAUCCGAAUGCAAAUUACCUCCAAGAUAUGCCUGGUUUGAUGCGACAGGCAUCGCAGCUGAAUAUCGAGCCUCUUGUACCUCGCAUACGAAACAAGUCCUAUAUGGAACUAUCCGCCGAAGCCAACCCUUAUUACUUCAAAUACGUCAGCCGGAGCGCAGUGUAUCGGCUAUCUCGAACCCCGGAUGGAAACUUCCAGGCACAAUUCAGGGACGCCACUGUGAUGUUUGUUAGCUUGGGAAAGGUGGACGUGGUUACAGACGAAGGUCUUCAAAUUGUUCAAGACGCAAUGAAGGCAGUUACAAAGUCGCUUGUCCGAUACGAAGGAGUACUACAGCAAUUUGCUAUUGAUGAUAAAGGUGCCACUUUACUCUGUGUAUUUGGUCUUCCGCCAUUCUCACACGAACGAGAGGCCGUUUUUGCUGCAAAGGCAGCUAUUGACGUCCGUGAUCAGUACCGAAAACUCAAGUUUCCAGAGUUUGCGAUAUCUUUAGCGACAGGCGUCGUUUUUAAUGCCGUAGUACCGCAAGGCAAUCCGUUCCGCCGUGAUCCCGGAAUUGCUGGAGACGUCAUUAUCCUUGCGGUCCGUAUGUUGAAGUUUCCAUUCAGUAAGAAGCACGUCAUAUGUGACGAGGCGACCAAGCAACAAAUUGGUGGGCUAUGCGACUUUGACGAUGUUGGCGAAAAUUACGUCAAAGGCAAGAUAAAGCCGGUCCAAAUAUACAGCAUUCGAAAAUUUGGGUUAUGGGCUGGCAAGGGGAAGCGCUUACCAGUCCACCCUACCAAUGACGAUUUUGUCGGAUACACGGUGCAAAUGGAACGAGCAACGACUUUUUUCAAUGACUGGUGUGAAAUGCAUAACUAUCAUUUGAUGGUCAUAUCAGGAGCCUCAGGUUCAGGGAAAACAUAUUUCUGCCAAAAUCUUCAAGAGUCCAUUACCAGCGACGACGUAGUAGUUUGCUGGUCAUCCUGUACAGAAGUCGAAAAAAGGACCAAAUACUUUUUGCUCAGAAGCAUGCUGACAUCUUUGAUGGAGCUCAUUGCCUCUUCAGCAGUGCCACAAACAACAGAUGCACCCAUAUCUCCAGGGUCAAAAGCAUCUUUUACGCCGGAUCCAGAAUGCAUUGUCGAAGUCAAUGAAAAAAGUGAGAUAUCGCCAGAUCUUAGCGGCAACUUGUUACGACGGCUUCAUUCGUACAAGAAAAAGUCACACAACGCAUUGCCCAUUAGCCAGGAUGUCACCGAAAGUGAUAUAAAGCAAAAUAUUCUCUAUUGCCUUCACAAGUGCGGCGAAGAUGACAACUACCUGCCACUAUUUAAUGUCAUAUUUCCUUCAAUGAGUGGAGUUGAAGAGAGCGCGUAUACCGAACGAUUAGACGAACGUACUCGUGAAAGACUGCUUUGCAACCUUAUACUGCGGAUGGUUCAAUUCGUCUCCAAGACUACGAAUCUGGUGUUAUUCUGUGACGAUCUUCAAUGGGCGGACCAUGGAUCUAUCGAAUGCCUUAAGCAGAUGCAUCAGGUCUGCAGCAAAAUUAUGCUGAUUAUUGCAACACGAAAACCACGGGAUUAUCAAGUACCAUUCAUCGAUGAUAUGCGUAAGACUGGGUCGUUUGAGCAUAUCAUGUUGAAUGGCCUCAAUUCCGAUGAAAUUGGGGAUGUAGUGUUAAAAUCUUUCCCCAAGAGUGUCGAGAAAGUCAGUCCAGCAAUUAUACGAGUAAUUCAGGAGCGAACACACGGUAAUCCGCUUUAUGUCAAAAACGUUGCCAUUCUACUGAAAGAUUUCAAUCACGUUACAGUGUUAAACGGACGACUCGUUCCAAGCAGCAACCGUUUCGAUCUGGAAGAUUUGCUAGGAGACUUCAACUUUAAGCGAAUCAUCAAGAUGCAGUACGAUCGGCUGGAUACCAGUUUUCAGGAGUUUCUUGUAGUGGCAAGCUGCCUGGAUCAAUACUUUAGCGUAUACGAAGUAGGAGCUGUCAUUAAAUCAAGUAAUGAAAUGUUCAUCGACCACAAUCUGGACCAAAUACGAGAGGAGAUCCGGAAGCACGACAUUUACAAGUUUUUGGAGCCAGGUUACCAUGGCAACUCUCUGGAGAACACGGCCGAUCUGUAUUCGUUUACACAUAUUGCAGUUCCUGACAGUAUUUACGACAUGGUUUCGUUUGAGACGCGUAACGACCUACAUCAAAAGCUUGCCCGGUACUACGAAGGCAAACUCGAUCGCGGAAACUAUGCACAGCUUCUCGGAAAAGUUACAAGGCAUUAUUUACAAACUGAUCGUUUGGGGAAACAAUUAUAUUAUUUAGAAGCACUGGCGCGACUUGAUAUGCGGUCGCUCCUAUUGCCCGAAGCAGCCAGACAUCUACAACAAAUCGUCAUCAUUUUGGAGGCCAAUGAAGAUCUAGCAGCUCAAUACGGCCUUAUACACCGCAGCGACAUUUAUCGCAAGCUCGGCAUAUGCUUGACCAUGCGAAGUGAAUUCCGCGAGGGCGAGAAAUAUCUGCUCAAAUCGCUCCACUGUCUCGGUUUCCCAUGGCCGGACAGCAACUUUGAAUUUUUCCGGCGCUUUUGGAUGAUACAAUUUUCUCAAUGGCGUCAUCGCCACGGUCUCAUCAUACGCAAGCACCACGCGAUGGUAAAGAAGGCGCUGGGACUUCGAGUGAUCGAGGUGAUGAUGCAGCUUUGUCAUAUCUACCAUCUACGAGGCAUAGGUGACCUGUUCGUAUACGCAUGUUCGGUCGGACUAAACGUGUGUGAGCGCAUCCAAGAUACAGGAUAUCGAUAUACGUACUUUCUCGGUCGUGCAGCGUUACUCAACUGGCUCAACGAUCACAAAACCACAGGUGUAUAUUACAUGUCGCGCGCAUUGGUCCAAAUGGGAGAUAGUUCCGAUCCAGGCACGCUCAAUACCUGUGCCCUCUUAUGCUUCUCAUCGGGUCAAUAUAAAAAAGCGUGUAAACUUCUUUAUCAAUCCUUAGAAGCCACGCAAACCCUAGGUGUUGUGACCAGUUGUCAAGAGUUCUACCGAGGAGUUCGCUUGAUUGCAACUAUACGCAUAUUCGAAGGAACGCUGGACACGUCGCCUGGUGACCAAGCUUUGCUGAAGCAAAUGGCUGAUACAGCACACUGUAACGGUGAUUAUCAGGUCGAGAUCUGGCUAGCAAUCUACCAAGUAGCGAACGCUUUGGUCAUGUGUCGUCUUCGCGAUGCUCGUCCAUUUGUACUUUUAUUGGAAGCACAGGUGAUGGGCGUCCCAGACUAUCUGCGUGUUGCUAUUCAUGGUACUUUGGUAUAUUAUUAUGCUCGCUGCAAGAAACGCCGUCGAGCAUUUAAGCAUACCGCUCAUUUUCUCAGUUAUCUUCCUACAUUAACAACAACAGCCAACAUUCUUCCAGUGUACGGCCUUAUAUUUGGAGCCAUGGCUUUCUAUCAUAUGGCAGAAGUUGGUGACAGAGAAUAUUACACAGCCGUCAACGAGAGGUUUGACAUAUUCAUCGAAAGCGUCAAUAGCCUGAACCGAGCUUUUCAAAAAGUGAAGUUUUGGGAAUUCAUGCAGCCUUGCCUGUACCUAGCUCGAGCCCUUCAGUACAUCAGUACGGAUCGUACUGUGGAAGGAUAUACGGUACUCUACCAUGGCUUAAACGAGAUGCAUUUUAUGCACGAAAUACGAUUUCUCAAAGCAUUCUAUUGUUCGGUUUUGGGAAAAUAUGCCUUUACUGCCGAAGAACGCACUGACUGGACAAAUCAAGCUAAGGAAGCCUUCGUACAACUUGGCAUACCUCAUGCUGAGUAUUGUAAUCCAGACCCAUCCUUGCCUGCUCGGACAGCUAUGAUGCGUUCCUUACCUUCCACACAGCCUGUGGCUACAGAAAAUGAUGAUGGAAAUGCUGCUCCUUAGUUUUACUUACUCAGAACACCCAUAACCACUGUAAAGUUAAACAUGUUAUAUAAUAUAUAUUUAAAGUGUAGCCAGAGAAAA